CAGAGACGGCUCUUUCAAGGGAUAAUGGAAUCCUUACAAGCCUGCAAGGUAACUCCUGAUGUAGAUAUGUAGUUCCAUCCUAGCCGGUUUUCCUCUUCGUAGGCCUUGUGUUCCAGUCAAUGCAGCCUCUAAAGCUAGCAGCCUCAACAAGAUGGACUCUAGUACUAGUCCUCCAGCUGCGGCGUCCGUCGAAGACGCAACGAAAGCCAAGGAACAACAAGUGUUUCCUAGUCCGAGUAGAGACGAGAAAACAGGAGAUGUCGCGAAAACUGACAUUAGUCAAGAUAUCGAUCCCGCCAACGAGGUCCAGGGAGUGCGCCUGCUCCUGAUUCACAUAUCAAUCUGCCUCUGCACCUUUCUCAUCGGACUAGACUUCAAUCUCAUCGCCACGGCGGUUCCCGUCAUCACGAGCGAGUUCAACUCGACCCGCGACAUAGGCUGGUACAGCUCCGCCUUCAUGGUAGCCAUGUGCGCGAGCCAGCCCCUGGCCGGCAAGAUGUACACGCUGUUCCCGAAGAAGCUGUCUUACCUGCUCUACCUGUUCGUCUUCGAACUGGGCAGCCUCGUGUGCGCGCUGGCGCCGUCUUCGCGAGCUCUAAUCGCCGGCCGUGUCGUCACCGGACUCGGCGCUUCCGGAGUCUUCGCCGGUGGGUUUACUAUCGAAACCACCAUCAUCCCGCUGCAUAAACGCGCCGUGUGGACCGGCACGGUGGGCUCGACGUUCGCUAUAGCGAGCAUUAUAGGGCCUGUCAUAGCCGGCGCCCUAACCGAGAACGUUACUUGGAGGUGGUGUUUUUAUAUCAAUUUGCCAAUCGGUGGUGCUGCUGCCAUCGUAUUUUUCUUCCUCGUUCACAUCAAGCGCGCCGAGACUGAAGAUAAGACGAUUUGGGAAAAGGUACGAAGCCUAGAUAUUCUUGGUUUUGCCUUUUUCGCAGGGUCUAUUUCUAUGCUCUUAAUAGCAUUCCAAUGGGGCGGCGUCCGGUACGCGUGGUCGUCUUCCGUCAUUAUCGGCUUGUUCGUGGGCUUCGGCGUGGUCAUGAUUCUUUUCGUAGUUUGGUCCUACUGGAAAGGAGAAGGCGCUCUAAUUCCUCCGCGGCUAUUCACCAUAAACCGAAACCCGGCAUUGUUUUGCACGGCCUCGUUUUUCAUCAACGGCCCAUUCCAGAUCGUGAUUUACUACCUUCCGGUUUGGUUCCAGGGAGUAUUAGGGUCGUCUCCGAUCAGCAGUGGCGUCAAUUUCUUCCCUACAGUGAUUUCGGACGUGCUCGCGGCCUUCAUAGGCUCGGCGAUGGUUAUGCAAAUAGGCUGGUGGAACCCCUUUCUACUUUUUGCCGCAGCUAUGGUUUGCGUUGGUGGUGGGCUACUGACAACUAUCUAUCCCGAUAUCUCCGGCGCUCAUUGGGUAGGCUACCAGAUAUUCGGAGGUGUUGGCUACUCGUUAGCAUCUAACCUGUCUCACAUUGCGAUGCAAUCCUCGCUGCCGCAAGAUCUUGUUCCGCUUGGGUCCUCGACGCUUUUAGCUAUUAUCUCAACUAGCUGUGCUAUUUUUAUGGCCAUCGGUCAGACCGUCUUCCAACAGCGGCUUCAAGUAAACCUUGGUGAUGUAGUAUCUGGUAAUGUGGUGCAAGAGAUCAUUAACUCUGGAGUCACUAACGUAAGGUCGCUCGUCGGCGCUUCGGAGUUACCUGUGGUGAUUCAGAAAUAUAGCAAAUCCGUCACGCAGGUUUUCUAUAUACCAGCAAUUUCACCAGCCAUUACAUUCUUAAUCCUACUUGGCUGCAAGUGGAUUUCAACAAAGAGCAGACAGACCCAGGCAGCCACAACGGGUAGUAGUGAGAGGGUGGACGCUGAGAAAGGAACUGCGACUUGAAGAGGUAAAUAUCGAAUCCGAGUGAUUGAAUUUAUAGGUGGGAUAUGGCCAUAUAUGUACUUAGCAUUAAUGUUUUUCUGGAUACCCCUAAAUGGGACAUAAAAUAGUAGGGAGACUACACCAUGACUUGACACCAAGUGUUUUCCGUAGGUUCU